AUGAACAUGGGGAGCAAGCCUACCAAGGAACAAGAGGAGGAUGAAGAGAAAAGAAGGAAUGGACUUUGUUUUGGCCAAUGCCUUGUGUCACCUGAGAUUCUUGCUGUUGUGUUCUCAUUCUUGGGAGCACGGGAUUUAGCAUUUACCUGCUCAAGGGUGUGUCGGGCAUGGAGGAAUAUUGUUUAUGAUCCCUACACAUGGAUCCUUGCUUUGAAAAGAAAGGGUUUUUCCAUCGUUGCUCUUUCGGACGAUCCAGGCUUGUGGACAUUGAAUGACCUCUUUCAAUUCCAUCUCAAAGAUCCUUUCUCUCGCAAAAAUCUUCUGAAGAAUCCCAGUGGGCAUUCUGGUGGGGAAUUAGCAGCAGCAGCUGUACGGGAAGGAUGGACCAUACCAAAUAACAUGAACCAUUGGAUUGUGGAGGAUCCACCAGCUGGCAGUGAUUCUGUCCCUGCCAUUGUUGGGGCCUCUUCAUGCUUUGUCACCUCCUACUUCUUGAGCUCUAAGUCUCAAUGUGUAAACCUCUACAGUGAAGGAUUUUCACCAUCAUUCUUGGAUCGCAUCCAGCCUCCUAUCCUUGUUGCUGAUUGGUAUGCAGCUCGUUUUGACUGUGGGUGUGAAUACAAGUUGGAGGUGGAGCUCAGAAGUGAAGCAAAUGCUGUCAUAGAUCGUUUUGACUUUCAUUGGAGGGAAGAGCAAUGGCUGGGAAAACAAUGGCAUCAUAUUCAUCACGUGUUCCAGGAUUAUGGAAAAGGGGUGAAGUAUGUGAAUUUUGUUCAUCAUGGGAAGGACACUCAAUUCUGGGCUGGGCAUUAUGGAGUGAAAAUAGCAGGAUCCCUGGUUAAAGUUCUUAUUCCUGGAAAUUUGGAAUGCAUCUACUGCCAGUCCUCCUAAUUCAUCCUCUCUCCCUGCUUCAAUCGCUUCAUUCCAUGGGGUGUCAAUGUUGUUUUCAUAUAUACCUUGUAUUAUUAGAUUAAAUCAUUGCAUUAUGCAGAUUUUGCUAAUUAUAUGGGCCAUCCAAAUGAUUGUUUUGAGGUAAUGAUGCAGUGAUCUAAACCCUUGGCAACACAUCCUUGUCACAGCAAAAGAAGUUCUAUUCUUAAUAAAUGGAAGGUAAAGG